CUGGCAGUGACCUCUUAUUUUCCGGAACACAACCACAAACUGUCAAAGUUUCUUUACGAUGGGCUUCCAGUCAAUCGACGCUUAACCGAAAACGAGUUGGGCACAUGCAAGGCCCUGCUGAGAUAUGGAACGCCGUCAUCUGAGGUGCGGCAGUUUGUGGCGGAUGAAUUCGGAAAGAUUCUUACAACUAAGGAUAUACACAACUACCGCCGGAAGUGUCGACCGGCUAUGUUGAAUGAUAUGCCUUCGGUCCUGGCAAAACUUCGGGAGACCGGACGCGUUCUUGUGUGUCAGGGAGAGGAAGGUCACUAUAGCCACAUAUGUUUCUCCCGAUGGCAGCAGAUAGCGUUAUUCCGACGCUUUCCCGACGUAGUGAAUGUGGACGGGACACAUGCAACAAACCGCCUUGGAUAUAAACUAUACACAUUCUUGAUAACGGACGGCAUGGGAACCGGGCGUCCGGUUAUGUAUGCGUUCGUAGAGAGCGAGCAGUUUGCUCCCAUGCGUAAACUGUUCGGCUUGUUCAAAGAAAUGAUGGGCGAAGCGUAUCCGGUCAGGACCUUCGUAAUGGACAAGUUGGCGGCGCAAAUGCGUGCGGCAAGAGUAGUGUUCGGCUGUGACAUUAUGCUUUGCUACUUUCACGUCCGCAAAGCCAUCAGGAAGCACACACAUUGCGAACAGCCGGCACAUAUUUCACCGCAUGGCUCGCCUGGACAAUGCUGUACAGUAGGUUUUAUGUUCAUCAUAUUACAAGCACACAGAUUCCGACAAGAUCUACAGCUUCUGCGUCGAACCGACCCCCGUUUUCUCUCCUAUCUUACGGCUCGCUGGUUGUACAUCACCCGAAAAUGGGCCAUACACGCACAGUCCGGAAUGGUUCAUUUCGGUAAUGUGACCAACAACCGACUGGAGAAUGCGAACGGGCGCCUUAAAGAUCAGGUGCACCACUCCGACACGUUGGAGCAUGCCAUUCAAAAGGUGUCCCGGCACGCCGAGUGGCUCAUGCGGGAGUUUGAGAUGCAUACGUCGUACCACUGCGACAGGCGGCAAAUCCUGGAGGGUGACGCCUACGUUCUAAACGUAGUCUGUCGAAUGACGACAUAUGCAUGCUCUCUCGUUUUGAGACACUUGGGUCCGCGACCGCCGCGGCUGCCGUAUGAAAGUGUCGAAACAAACAAGUUUGUGGUGCAAACACUUAGAUGCUCCCAGACUGUCGACACCUGUGCUGGAGAAUGCACGUGCCCUUUCUACCAGGCGAUGUGGCUCCCCUGUGUGCACCUGUUCUCUGUAUUUCGAGAUCAGUCCGUUCCGAGCACUUGCUUUCCAAUCCACCAACGAUGGCUGUCAGAUUACAACCUACCGGGAAAAGGUGUACCACUUACACUUGUUCCCAAACCACCCCCGACAGCUUUCGACGGUCUUCGUAAGCAACUGAAUCGGGUGAUGGAUAAGCUUCAGAGGCUGGAACCCAGGAGGGCCACCGCCAUAUUUAAGCGGCUGAUUGUUCAGGGCGAAAUCCUGCUGCGUCAAGCCUCAAAGUCUGCAACCGACGAUCUGCCGUUGGUGGUCGAGGAUACUGCGCCUCAACCCAGAUGGGGGUCUGGAAACGCUGACUUGGGGUUCUGUGUGCUCUGUGACCGGCCUACUACUACCAGUGACCGCUGGUGUACAACGGAUCGCGUGUCAUAUCACGCCGACUGUUGUGACGGUGAACCCUGCCCACUGUGUGGUGGUGCGCUUCAGGCUUGUCCCAUAGCUCCGGGCCCAUCCAGAAAACGCAGAGGUGUGCUUGCUAUCCGGUCCGCAAAAAGGGCGUCUUAUGAUGUUGACCUGGACCGAAGCACAGAUUCCCAGCACAGUGUGUCCCGUAAGUCCGUGUGCGUCCGUGUUUUCGGGUCCACAGAGGAACUACUCGACGGCCCUAAUAUUCGACUUCCCACUCCAAAGACAAGGCCACUUGGUCCCACACGUUCCGCUGCGCCACAAACUCGAGUCUCACGGGAUCCAAAGGAAAAUCCUUCACCGGAUCAAAGUGUUUCUAGUGAGAAUAGGCUCGACCUACUCUCUUCCAGCGCGGUCUCCAUCGGAGUUCCUCAAGGCUCCGUCCUGGGACCAGUGUUGUUUCUGAUCUACGUCAACGACCUCACAGAGGUUCUUGCGAGCCCAUGUCUACUUUUUGCGGACGACUUGAAAUCAUGGAGUACCAAUGCCAGUGUCCUCCAAAUGGAUGUAGACGGUGUCAAGCCGUGGUCGUUGGACUGGCACCCUCCUCUGAAUGACGAAAAGAGCGUCCAUAUGUCAUUUGGAGGAGACCCAGCGAAUAUCUUUGUCAUGCUUGAUGAGAAAGAACCAGGAAACAUCACGAGGAUAGACGUCAAGAAGGAUUUGGGUAUCUGGGUCUUCUCAAAACUGUCCUUCUCACUGCACCAUGAGAAGUCAGACCAAAAGGCAUUCGCCAUUUCACGGAUGAUCCGACGCACCUUCUCCCGUAUUACUCGCAUGGACUUCCAAGUACUCUAUGGGGCCUACAUCAGACCGCUCCUGGAAUGCGCCAACCAAUUUGUCCGCUCAGGACGCACGAAGGACGUCACCCUCAUUAAGAGUAUCCAGCGAGCCACUACGAGUAUGGUUUCACGGUUUCGUCAUCGUGAAGUCCUACGUUGGUCCGUACAUGAUCCUCUCAUACUCAACCCACUCGGUUUUGGACAGGAUCUGCGCAUCUGUUGGCAGGGUUUGGUUGGUGUGUCAUACCCACCCGUCUGGGCCAACUUGGAUCCCGAAGAGCACUUUACCGCACCGGCAAAGAAUGGGCCACGGGUUACAUGUGUGGUAUAUGCCGCUGUAUUCACAAACCAUCACUACCGGGUUUUCGCUGAAGGAGCAUGUGGUUGCUCCAGGAUGCCGGCCGAACUGUUCCUCUAUUCUGGUGUUGUGGCGACUAACUUGCACUUUCUGCGGCCGAAUAGUGGCGUGAGGUGUUCGAAGCCUCCUUCGGAGCAGUGCCUCUGCUGGCAGAAACGAACUAUAGUGGCUGACGAGACCGAGGAAGGAUCUGAGGGACGUCACGUCUGCUGGCGCUGGCAUACGUUUGGUAGCAUUGAUUUUUCCCGGGUCUGGCUAGCGGCUAUGCACGUCAGUGAUGAACCCAAGGUACAUUAUCGACCGCAUGGGAAAAGUUUCUGUCAUGAUUUGACGAGCAACGUCGAUCCGUACACGAGCUAUUUAGCAUUCCCGAUGAGUGAUCAAAAUUUCGUCAGACUCCUGGAGGAACAAGAAAGUGGCAUCACCCGAACAAGUUUGAAUCUCGAGCAACUCAAGGAAUUCAAGUUGGAUUAUGAGAACGUAAUAGCAAAGCUUCAAGAGUUACAAAAGUCGUUAACAAAGCCUGCCUAUUUGCCGUUCGCCCGCAAGGCUCUAGUUUUUGGCAGACUUGUGCACACCAAUGAAAUUCUUGUACAUCUCGGUGGAAACAAUGAAUAUUUCGCGGAACUUUCAACCUAUGAGGCAGUUCAACUGCUCCAACGUCGAAUUUCGAAGUUGGAUGAGAGUAUCGGAUUACUUGAGCAGCAAAAAAGUUUGCUGGAAGACCGGAAACAGUACACCUCGGAGUUCUCGCAAACCCGGCGUAUUUUGUCUGGUCCCGGAAACUCGGAUGCUUCAAUUGGUGAGGACGAGGAAGUUGAGAUUCGAGAAAACUACGAUUCUGACACUGAACGCCAGUGGAGGCAGAAGCACAUUCAGAGUCGCCAGGAGGAACGAAGGUUACUAAGUCAGAUGCCUUCUGAAACUGUGAAACGCAAAGUGCGGUUUCGUGACCAGAGCAGUGGUGCCAGUGGGUCAGACUCGGACGAAACGGUAACCACAAUAUAUUUCCAGCACAGCUCGGUUUCGGGGCCCAUCGCACGAUCGGAAGUGACUGAUCUCUCUACUUUGACCGUAACUGAAGCUGUUGAUAUGAUAAAUAAGUUUGGGAAGAUUUCUGAUAGCGUGGUUGCCUUGGAGCGACAAUCCACACAGCCUUUCGGUGGCAUUGUCGAACGAGACUCUAUCACAACUGACAUCUCCUCUCCUGUACCCAUCCAGCAAGAAUCCUCGCGACCCUCGCGUUUUCGCUCCGAACGCCUCAAACAACGUAUGUAAGGUGCACCUGUCCACUUUUUCCACCGAGGUCUUUCCACGAUUAAGAUUUUUGCACUAUUUAAGAAUUUUACUGCGGGUUUCCUGAUGUUUAGUAAAGAUGAUUGUAAUUGACCUUUUUUACUAUUCCAUUGAUAGACGGUAUUGUUUUUUA